AUGCCGACCCUUGUCGCCGGUGGGUGUAUUGAGUUCGACCAGGGCGACUUUGACCUUGCCAGAGUGUGGGAAAGAAUCCGUCAAGGAGACCUUAAGACAUUCUCCGCCGUACCAACAAUUUUCGUGCGCCUGCUAAGAUACUGGGUUUCGGUCCUUUCCUCUAAGUCAGAUAGCAAUGAGUAUCUCAAGGGACUUUUGGGAUUUCUUACUUUGCAAGCUCGACAUCUGCACUUCCGCGGAUUGUCUUUGAGCGAUGGAUCGAGCUCGCCGGAAGGCCAAUAUCUGAGAGGUAAGGAGGGUCAGAAAUGGGAAACUUAUAUAUUAACCCUCCUGGUCUGCCGCCUGUUCCGAUAUAUGAAUGAUCCUGUCGCGAUAUAUGCCUCGUUUGACCAGGACGGGUUUUAUAAAACUGGGGAUAUUGCACGGGAGAAGAAUGGUGUUCACUUCAUUGAUGGCCGUGCAUCCGUUGACACGGAAUGCCAUAGUUAUCAAAUCGGGGGGCACAAGAUCUCAGCUCUGGACAUUGAGAAAGAGCUGAACUACCACCCAAAGGUCGCGGAGGGUAUCAUUGUUGGUGUAGAUGAUGAAGAAUUUGGCCAACGUAUUGAAGCGGCGGUAGUUCUCAAAGAUCCCGCGGAUACCUUGACCCUUGCAGAGCUUCGCAACGACCUUCGCUUAUCGCUUUCUAACUACAAGUUGCCCACGCUGCUUCGGGUGUUUCCGAAACUGAAAAAGACGUCCACGAUGAAGGUUCCUAAGAAACUUAUCAAGAACCAGCUGUUCGGUAAAGCCCAUUAG